AUGCAUCAGCGGAAAGGUUUGUAUCGCAAAUCUAUUCUCUCCAUGGGCUGCCUAAAAGGGACCUUAUCCAGAUCACUAAUUCUUCUGACUAUUUACUCUCUCGGCCUGUAUUGUUUCAUGAAAGGUUUACUGCCCACAGAUCACCUCUCUCAUAUAAUUGAAGCUGAUCGGUCCAAUCAACCGUUCCCUUCAUUGUGUUUUCGCUGUGAAACAUGCCAACUGCCGUUGCCAGAGUUACCGCAUACGCAGCAAGUUGACUUGACUACUCUGAUUGGACUCGUUUCUGGCACCGGGAUACCAUCUCACAGUUUGGGACUUGUGGCACUUGAUUGGUUAAACACUUUUUGGUCAGACGUUCCUGGUAGAUUUGAUGCUUUGCUUCGAUCUGUCAGGCACGUUACUCGUUUAUGGGGUUUCACGGUGCCAUCACCUGGAGACUCGGUGAAGCACUUGAAGGAAGUGGUUCAUGACUGUUCUUCGAGUUUGAUAGCAUCUAAUGAAGCCUUGCUUUUAGAUAAUCUUAUGAAGAAGAUUACACUGGGAUUGUCGUAUAUGGCCCAUACCGGUGAUCAACAGAUGGUGGCGGACGUGGAGGCCAGAGUCACGCAGUUAAACACACAUGCUACAGAACUGCAUCGGCUCUUGACUAUGGUGCAGAAACGUGCACUCUCCGGAGAAUAUCAGCUAAACAUGAAGCAAAUGUUGUUUGGCGGUCUCCUGAUGUGGUUUGUUACUGCGGUCACAUGUCUGAACAUAGUACGUCAGGUCGCCUGUCGUCCAUGGGCUCCUCGUCACAAGCUCACUUCCCCAAACUCGAGGAUUGACGAAGCCUCGGAGCCACUUUCUGCCGCAUCACUCAGGACACUAAGCACAUUUUUUGUCGUCUGUUUGCUCAUCCAAACGUUCAGUCUGGCGGGCAGCAGCUAUGCGGAAGAGGAGCAUCAACUGUGGUACUAUUUCAGCGCCAGCGGUCUCAUCUUGUGCGCUACCUUUGUGCUUUUCGGUAACCACUCGAGGAUGGUUAAGAGAUCCACUUUAUCACCGGUAAUCAUUAUAUUGUUUCUCGAUCGAUUGUUCCUUCGACGAAUGCAUCAAACCGGUGAUCGAUGGAUCCAUUUACCGGAUCUCUCGGACUGGUUGUAUAGUCCCGAACACGCCGUUUGGUUGUGGCCCGCACAGCUAGCCCAGUGGUGUGCUUUGAUAUGUCUCCGUUGGUUCGCAAUCGAAAGGCACAGCCAAAUUUUCAAGGUUUUUGGCAAAAGCAAACCUCUUCAAUAUUCUCCCGUACUUUCAACUCUCACUAUAGCUGGUGUGCAAAUGUAUUACCGGUGGAAUGUUGACAGCGGCUAUAAAUACACAGCCGUUGUCUCCGCACGCGUCGUAUUUCUGUUGCUCCUCCUCGACUGCGUAGUUUCGCUUCACUGGCGUCGAACUUAUCAUUCGCUUCGACGCUUGUUACCGAGGUCGGAAGACCUGCCUCUGUGCGACUGUUGGACUGGAGGAGUCAUUCACCCUUUCAACACAUUCCCCAUGCUCAUCUGCAUUCUUGGACGCACAACUGUGGGGAUUUUGUGGAUCGGUAUCAUGAUCAAAGAAGUCUUGUUGGCCUGCUUCUUUCAGCGUUUCUGUAGGGAUUUCAAGUCUUCAUCACCCAAACUAUUUGGUCUGCAGUUUAACUGCGUUUGGCUCAUGUAUUGGAUCCAAGGAUGGGCUUCGUUUUUUCAGCAAGGCAAUUCCCUCAGCUUGGCUACCAUUGAUGUAUCUGCUGCCUAUGUUGGCCUCCAAACUUACCAGCCUGUAGUGUGUGGAUUGCUUUUGACUAUAUACACUUACGCUGGUCCUAUCUAUUGGCAGCUGGCUUACACUGCACGAUAUUCGGCAUUCGAAAUCGUCACUGGUGCAUCCUCUAAUAGGACGUACUUUCGCUUGGGGCUUGCCGUUCUUCCUAUCACAUUUUGCGCCACAGUAUGCUUUGUCUUGCGGUCUCAUCUGUUUAUCUGGACCGUAUUUACGCCUAAACUGCUGUACUUAGCGGUCUUUUAUGCUGCCUACGUUCCCAUUUUCUUGUUUUGCAGCGCGAUGCAUUUGUAA